AAACAAUGGAAGCAAGAAGAGGAAGAGAAAAACAAGUGUACGAAAACAGCAUACGCCAGGUAGCUGGUUGUGUACCAGUAAAUAAAAAAACUGGUGAAAUAUUGCUAAUAACGCAACGAAAAAAGGAAGGUGGUUGGGUAUUGCCCAAAGGUGGCUGGGAGAAUGACGAGUCACAGCAAGAAGCAGCGGCAAGAGAGACAUAUGAAGAAGCUGGUGCAAGAGGACGUUUAACAUCAUUCAUCGGAGUAUGGGAUCAUCAUACGGUUAAUAAAAAAACGGGGCUACCUAAGGCCAUGUUUAGUUUUUUUGAAAUGGAAGUAGAUAAGUUAGAAGACAACUGGCCUGAAAUGGAUGAGCGAGACAGGCAAUGGUUCGCCUAUGAAGAUGCGUUAGAUGCAUUGAUAAAACCUUUUAUGCGUGAAGUUGUAAAACAAUGUUCAUUGGCUCCGUCAAAUUUACAGAAAGAAAA